AUGGCGACCCAAGCCAGCCGCGGCGACGAGACGACGCCGCUCAUCACCCCCGCCUCGCCGACUCCACGCCCGCGCUCCCGCACCGGCACCCCUCACCUCAGCGGCGGCGGCGGCGGCGGCGGCGGCGGCGCGAGCAAGCGCAAGUCGACGGUCCUCAUCCUCGGUUCCAUCUUUUUCAGCGCCAUCCUCGUCUCGCUCGUGCUGCGCCAGAUCUCCAACGAGUUCCGCGACGCACCGCCCUCGCACUUUCCGCCGGGCUCCGACCAGCGCGGCCGCCUGCACCCGGCCUUCCUCGCAAAGGGAAGGCGCGGCGCCGUGGCGGCCGAAAACGUCGUGUGCAGCCGCAUCGGCGUCGACGCGCUCCGCGACGGCGGCUCGGCCGUCGAUGCCGCCGUCGCCGCCACCCUCUGCACGGGCGUGCUCAACAUGUUUAGCUCCGGCAUCGGAGGAGGCGGAUUCAUGCUCGUCCGCGAUCCGACCGGGUGCAACGACGCAAAGGGGACCACGAGCGCCGGGCAUCGCGACGACGGCACGUCGGCCCGCGGUCGGUGCGCCAGCUACACGUCAAUCGACUUCCGCGAGACGGGACCCGCCGCCGCCAACACGACCAUGUACGAGGGCCGCAUGGACCAGGCGCGCUUCGGCGGCCUCUCGGUCGGCGUGCCCGGCGAGCUGCGCGGCCUCCAAGAGGCGCACCGCCGCUGGGGCCGGCUGCCGUGGAAGCGCCUCGUCAUGCCCAGCGUCCACCUGGCCGAGCAGACGACCGUGUCAAAGGAGCUGGCGCGCCGCCUGGUCCUGUUUGGCCAGUUCAUGUACGACGACCGGGCCUGGUCCGACAUCUUUGUCGACCCGGCCACGGGCCUCCUCAAAAAGGAGGGCGACACCAUCCGCCGCACCGCCUACGCCCACACGCUGCGCGCCCGGCGCGGCGGCAUCCUCACCCACGCCGACCUCGAGGCCUACCGCACCGUCGUCGGGCCCGCCGUGCGCGGCGACUGGCUCGGCGGCCGGCGCGUCUUUACCACGCCGGCGCCUACGUCGGGCCCCAUCCUCCUCUCGAUGCUCAACGUCCUCUCCCUCUACCCCUCGUACGUCGCCGAGGGCGCGACGGGCCUCAACGUGCACCGCCUCAUCGAGUCGCUCAAGUUUGGCUUUGCGCAGCGCACCGAGCUCGCCGACCCGGCCUUCAUGGCGCCCGAGGGCCUGGCCCGCAUCGACGAGAUCCCCACGCCCGCCGAGGCGCGGCGGGUGCGCGCCAACAUCACCGACGACGCGACGCACCCGCUGGCCUACUACGGUCCCAAGUUCGACAUCGUCGACGACCACGGCACCAUGCACCUCUCGGUCGUCGACGAGCACGGCGGCGCAGUGGCGCUGACGUCGACCGUCAACCUCAUCUUUGGCUCGCGCGUCCUCGACGAGCGCACGGGCAUCAUCCUCAACGACGAGAUGGACGACACCUCGACUCCCGGCGUGCCCAACGCCUUUGGGCUGGCGCCAUCGCCUUACAACUACCCCGAGGCGGGCAAGAGGCCGCUCUCGUCGACGUGCCCCACGAUCGUCGAGCACGACGACGGCAGCGUCGACCUCGUCAUUGGCGGGUCGGGCGGCUCGCGCAUCUUUGGCUCCGUCGCCCAGACGAUGCUCCAGAGGGAGUGGGGCCGCGACCUCAGCGACGCCAUCGAACAGCCGCGCGUCCACCACCAGCUCCUCCCCACCAUGGUCACGGCCGAGAGCGGAUACGCCGAAAAGACCCUCAACGCCCUCCGCGGCCGCGGGCACGAGGUGCUCGAGUUUGACAUCAACCUCGCCGUCGCAGAGGUCCAGGCCGUCGAGGCCAGCGGCAGGGGCAGGACGAGGAGCGUCAGAGCCGCCAGCGAUUCUCGGAAAGGCGGCAUCGCCGUCGCCUACUAG